AUGGAUCCCCGCUUCGCCGCCACCCGGGACGACCUUUACAAUGUCCAGAUGGAGGUGAAGCAACUGCAGGUCACUCAACACAGCCAUGCUGAGAGGCUUAUGAGGGUAGAGAAGCGCCUGGCUGAGGACGCUGCGGUUAAAUCCGUAUGGGCAACGCCGCAGUUCCCGAGUGCCUUGAGUGGCACGCCCCAGCAUGGUCCUCUGCAAAUUUCGCACGCUGAUGUUUUCGACGACUUUGACGAGCACGGCCAGAAUCUGCUUGGCUCCCUGCACCUGGAUGCUGAGGACGAGCCGGUUCGGCGCGGCGCGGCAUCACGUGCCAACAGUGUCCGCUUUGAUGAGAGUGCGCUGCAGGCUUCCGGCUGGGGCCAGAGCACUCGCCAGGCGGGCGAUUUUGCCCCAAUCAGACCGACCAGUGGCUUCGGUAUGAUGGAGCGGUCCCUGUCACACAAGUCGGACGGAAGGCAUAGCUCUGCAGGCCACUCUGUCCAUUCUGUUCACUCAGUGGCGUCUGGCCGAGGUAGUAGUUUGGGCCACCUUGACACCAACUCGGUAUUCGGGGCACGGGAGGAGGAUUCGCCAGUUGAGAUACCUGAGCCGCCCCCUGGCUUAUUUGUCUUGGGAUCGGUACCCGCCAUUGUGAGGUGUUGGCUGACCGAAAACUUUGCCCACAACACUUUGCUAUAUGCCGACGUCUGCUCAGGGGCACAAAGAUCUACCUUGGAUUACUCUCUUGCCAAGGAGCUCGACCUGCUUAGCGAUAUUCAUAAAGGCGCGGAUGGCAUCAGUCGUUUGACACUCACGGUCUAUCUCGCCGAGGCUAUUGUUAGCCAGUCGAACUCGACACGGUCACCAGGUCCGGUGCCGCAUAUACCCAACAUGACGGUCAACUUUGAGAUAACGGGCCUAGACGUUCCUGAAAGCCCCGAGAGCAAGAAAUCGAUUCGCAUCUUCAUUGGAACCGACGCCCUCCGGGCCCACAGCGCCGAUCUCUUGUUCUCGCAGAACCUGAUGACAUUGUACAGCAGCAACCGGGACAAGCUAUCAGUUCCUUUCGUGAGGCCGGAGGAUGAUUCUCUGUUUCGUUUCUUGACCACGGUCAACAUCGUCCCUGAGAAACCUAAACUCAACGCCUCUGCGCCCGAGUUCGUUCUGGGCAACGGUGCGAAGUCUUCUCCUCCACGACAGCCCGCAGCUACCGUCAACCAGCAGCCGGCCGGGAAGGACAGCAAGUCGCAAGACGGCCUUCACGGACAAAGGUCCAUGUCGCCGCUCGCACUUCCUCCCUAUCAGCAGCAAAGAGAUGUUACUGGGUCCAGCACACAUUCUGAAAGUGGCGCAGAGAGCGAACAACCGUCUACCAAGGGAAGGAGCACCAGCAGUGGCAAGGACGAGCCAUCGCUAUCGUCCUCGGACACCAACCACAACACUCGCCGUUCAACUACAGAGUCUACACCGGGCAUAUGGGGUUCUUGGCGACAGGGAGCGGCCGCCGUCAAUGGAAGCGGAGGUGAUGGAGCCGCAGCUCAGCGUGGGGAGAAUGGGUUGAGCGGCUACCAACCAGCCGGGCGCAGCCGUAUGAAGGUCCUGAAGCCCAGCAAGUCGGCUGCUGGUGGCGGCAAUACGACGUCUUCAUCCACCCGAACAGGCCAAUCCUACGAACCACCGCCGCAGACAUCGUCACGAAGCAGCGGCGAGCACCGGCGGAAGAGCGCUGCUGCUGCUGCUGCUUCUGGUGCGACGAGCGCUACCGAGAAUACGUCGAUGACUAGCAGCACCCACACAGUUCGCUGGGAGAAGCGCAGCAUCAGUGGGAGCAUCUCGAGUUUCAAAGACGGGAAGCUCGGUGGUGCGGUUAACUCUGAGUCUCGGAGCUCGUCAGCCACGCUGCCGAGGUCAGCGAACCCUGUCGGCGGCGCAUCGGCCUUUUCGUGGAUGACUCCGGCGCCCAAACCCAAGACUCCAGCGGUUGGCGAGUGA